ACCAUCUCAAGUUGCAUAAAAAAUGUACAUUCUUUCAACUGGACCGAUCAAUUCCCCUUUAGGAAAUAGCCACGGAUCAAUCUCAUCCGCUCAAGGGCGUCGUCUUUCGUCGCAAAAUCGCAGUAACGAGAAUGGUUCAUGGAUAUGGAAGAAUGUGAGACAAGAAAUUCCACCCCAUGUGGAUAAUCGUCGUAUUUUCAGAAAAGAUGCAAGAGGAGGUAAAUUGAAGUUUAAUGUAUGUUCCGGAAAUAUUGAUAGCUUCGAGUUGCAACCAAUCAACAAGAUAAGAUAUGGGCUAGAAACGCCAUGGUAUGCGAGACUUCCUCGCCUGGAUGCUCGAUUCUUUAUCGAGCAUUACAAUGCAGAUGAAGUACUGAUCGGCUAUUCAAUUUACAAGCUAAAUGACAUAAAAAAGAACACCUAUCUCGAACUUGCAAAAUCAGAUUACAACACAUGUCAAGAACAACAUCAAAUAGAAUGGAACCAUUUACAAAAAUGGUAUGAAGAUUGCAACCUUGAGGAGUUCGGGAUAAGCAGAAAGAACAUUCUAGAAGCCCAUUUUUUCGUGGUCGCGAGCAUAUCUGAGGCGGAGAGAUCGGGAGAGAGACUAGCUUGGGUUAAAUCUCAAAUUCUAGCUGAAAUUCUUUCAACUUAUUACUUCAUUAAGCAACGUGAUCAGUUUAAGGAUCAGGACACUGAAUUUUCUACAGCAUUCAGCACCAAAAUCCAUGUUAAAGGAAAAGGUUACAAGAAUGUACAACGGAUUAUAACCAUACUCUUUGAAGCCCUAACACAAAUGAAGGAAAUUGCUCGAAAUGCACAAGAAGGAAUCGAUGGAGAUGUUAGCGACGACCUACUGCAUGAGGCGUGGGGAGGAUGGUUAAAGAAGCUUGGUGAAGGAACAGGAGAAGAAAUUCCAGAAGUAGAAGUGAUAGUAAGGACUAUAAAUGUUUGUGGUGGCCAUAUUCUCUCCAAAGAGGUUUUAUCUCACCAUGAAUACGAGACUCUCUCCCAACUCACUAAUCAACUUUGCCACCACCUUCUCAAGCUUGAAAAUCACAAGACUAUUGACGAGGAAAUCAAAAAGGAAAUGGAGCUACUGGUGCAAUUAGUGAUGCAGGACUCAUCCAACGGCAUAAGUAAAGCCACGAAACAAAUGUUUUUGAUGGUCGCAAAAACAUUUUAUCACAAGGCUUAUUUUUCUGCUCAAGAAAUUGAACACCACAUAUCAAGAAUACUGUUCGAGCAGGUUGUGUAAUUGGCUCUAAAUUCAAGCCAAACUAGCUUUAAAUAAUAAAUUGAAUAAU